ACGUCACUUCCGCCAGACAACAAACAUGGCGGUGUCCGGGUCGUCAUGUUUGUUAUCUGCCCCAAACGAAGCCGUUAAGAUGGAGAUAGAGUCCGGCGACAGCGCGGCCGUUAGACCGGACGACUUGCCUGUGAAACGGGAUCCGGUCGUCUCGCUGUUGUCCCCGGUAAUCGGGUCGCAGCCGCUCGUUUGGUCGCAGGACCACCGGCUGUCUGUGUGUACGUCCUCCUCCUUGGUGCUACUGGAACUCAUGUGUGACGUCACCAGCAGCAAGCAGGAGCUCGUCCUGCACAGAACUUCUAUUCUGAUGCCCGCUGAUGCGCACAAGAUUCGGGUGGGGCCAGAAAAAAAGCAGGAUAAGGCCAUCCAGUACUUUACCUCACACCCAGACCCCAGCUUAAGGCAAGUUUUUCAUCUGGACAGAGUGAUAGAUCCCUUGGGAGUCGCGCCCAAAGGAGUUAAAUACGCCAGUUGGUCUCCAUUGGGCUGUGACUCCAGUGGACGCUGCCUGCUCGCCUGCCUAACUCUCGACCACAGACUCAUCAUCCAUCACAGCCGCAAGCCUUUCACCUGGACCUCGCUCGUGGACCUCACCCAGACAUACGGCGACAUGCUCGAGGAGCGAGGCUACGCCAAAAAAGACGACCAGCCGCCUCAGAAAAACCUGCAGGACUUCGAGGAGCUGCAGCGCCGUUUCCAGAUGCAGACUCCCGUGAGGAUGAAGUGGUCGGGCAUUUACAAGAUGAAACAGGUGCAGGCUGACAACGCCUGCCUGGACGUGGAGAUGGUCCUCCUCGCCGUUUUGAUGGAAAACGGCGACCUUGUUUUGUGGAAGUUUGUGUUGCCGUUCGAGAGCGGGGCCGACGCGGUGUUUUUCGACGUCAUCGAGUCGGGGGUGAGCAGACCCAGCGAUCUGGCGUGGUGGGAGUACGAAAACGCGGACAGACGGAUGAGCGGGUUGAUCGUCGGCAGCGAGCUGGGCACCGUUAAGAUCAUGCCGGUCAGCAUGGCGGGGGUUAAGGGCUACUUCACCCUGCGUCACCCCGUCAUCCUCUGGAAGGAGUGUGACCACAUCGCUGCGGAAAGCAUCACAUGCGUGCCUUUGGUCCACCCCGUUCAGAAGUUGAGCUGCAGCCUCAUCGUGGCCGCUCGCGGCUGCUACAUCUACUGGUGUUUGCUCAUGGUUUCCCCUAGCGGACUAAACGUGUACAACUCUCACGUGUUGGGCCUCCACUCGCUUCCGGUCGCCUCGCUCGCCGUCACCAAGCAGGGGGUCGUGUACGCAUGCUACAUGGACGGCUGGGUGAAAAAGCUGACGCCAAAAUUUACAGAAAAAAGUCUGUUUUUUGACCGAGAGGACAUGCUGGGCCCUGAGUUUUUAGGCGAGAGGCGAAUGCAUGGUAUCGCAGUGAGCAGCAACGGAGCGUACGUCGCACUGGCCAGCACGCAAGGUCUGGUGGACAUGUUUCACCCCAUUGAUAGGAAUUACCAGGUGCACUUUAUUGCCUUGAAAUCGCCGGAAACGGCAGCGGGACUUCUGUUAAAAUCCCCCACACAGAACCUGCACCAGCAGGCCGACCUGCUGGAUCUCCUGAGGUGGACCAUCCUAAAAGACAAAAGAAUUCCAGAGGCGUUGCAGCAAGAGCUAGAACAGAAGAUCCAGGACGUGGACUCUCCCUAUUUGUGGCGCUUGAAGCUGUUUUUGGUCCGCGUGACGUACCAGUCACUUCAGACGCCGCUGACGGAUCACCACUGGAAGCCGCCCGGCGAGGCCGGCAAGGCGCCCGUGCUCGACGACGAGGAAGAGGACGGAGACGAGGAGGAUGAGUUGGAGAACGAGCGCGGGGAGGCCGGUGCCGUCAAAGCGGCGACGCCGGAGAAUCCAGAGGAGCGGAUGGAGAAGGCGAAGGCAUUGAUAGAUUCAGUGGAGACCCACCUGGUCAACAAGAACAUGAAGAAACUGCUCGGUGCGGUUUACCUUAACACGCGGAUCACAGAGAACACAUGCGUCCCCACGUUGGGCCUGGCCGACCACCUCUCGAAAGAUACCAGCGACAAGGACGUGGAGGUCCUGAUCGGACACAUCAAGAAAAAGAUGCACAAGCAGACGUUCCAGGAGCACUGCUGCUUGUGUCAGGACGUGCUGCCUUUCACGGACCACAGACAAGCCGUAUGCGGAAAUGGCCACAUUUGGCUCAGGUGUGUGUUGUCUUACCAGGCGUGCCAGGCGCUGAGAUUCCGGCGCUGCCUCUUGCAGGACAGCAUCUCAGCACUCCCAGCACCUGAGGAUCCACAGUGGGUGAAGAAGAUACUCCAGGCACCAUGUUCCCUCUGCGACUCGCCAAUGGUUUAGUGCUAAACCACCACAGGAACACAAGUAUGCCUGCACUCUCCACAGGGUCCAAUCACUGCUAAUAGGUCACGCUAAUUAUUAUUAUGUCUGCAAGUAAAAGUAUUGUUUCCAAACACCUGCUGAGGUCUAAAUUGCCUAUUUUCAUGAGGCAAAACAGUGAUUCUCAAACGGUAGUGUGGGUACCACUAGUGCGCCGGUGUCAAACUCAAGGCCCCAGGGGCCGGAUGUGGCCCACUACUUCAUUUUAUGUGGCCCUCCAAAGUGCUUUAUUAAAGUACUUUCUGGCUUUUAAUUUUGACAUAAAAAAUACUGCAAUUAUAUUAGACCUCACGAUUCGAUUCCGAUUCUUGGGAUGGCGAUUCGAUUCAACACGUUUCUUGUCAUAUAUUAUUUGGUAUAUACAUUUUACUCAAACCUUUUCAAAACAAAAGUUCCUCUUGGCUGCUGACAUAUGAUUUAUACGCACAGUGUUGUUUUUUUAUUUUUUUAUUUACAAAAGUCACAGAAUGUUAAUCUAAUUAAAGAAAAGGGAGCAAACCAAACUCCAAACCAAUCCGAGCUUUAAAAUACUGAGGGUAGACAUUUACAAAGCUAUUGAGAAAACGUUAAAAAAAAAAAGGAAAAACUAAAAUUUGCAAAACCACAGUAUCAAUAAUAACAAUGAUAGCAAUAAUAUUGAUUUAAUGUUUUUUUUAAUCCAAAAAAGGAUUCUUUAAAGAAAUAAUAUUAAAAAAAUCAAUCGGGAAUACUUCAAAGAUCUCCUCAAUCCUACCAGCACGUCUUCCUAUGAGGAAACAGGGCCUGGGGAAUCUGUGGUGGGCUCUCCUAUUUCUGGGGCCGAGGUUGUUAAAAAGCUCCUCGGU